CCGGAAAGAGCUUCCCUCCCGUCUUUCUUGACAUCAAGUUGAGGACGUUCAGAAACAGAAUCGCACCAUGCUACAUGUGAGAGCUCAACAAGACUUUAUGGUUCUGUUUGAUCGAUGCAGCGUGCUGGUUUUCUACACAGCUGCUGUCUUUGUCCUGAUACACCCAUGCAGAGGUCAGUCAGAGGUUAUCGGUCCUCCUCAGACAUUAGUGGCUUUGAUUGGUGAUGACAUCAUUUUGCCGUGUAACCUGGACCCUGUUAUGGAUGCUUUAGACAUGGCUGUGGAGUGGGCGAGACCUGACCUAAACCCCAGAUUUGUCCUUGUGUGGCGUGACGGUGUGGAACUGGAGUCUAAAAAACAUCCGUCCUACACCAACAGAACCUCUCUGUUCACAGAUGAACUGAAGAAUGGAAACAUUUCACUGAAAAUCUCCAAAGUCAAACUGUCUGAUGAGGGAACGUACAGAUGUUUUGUUCCAGAACUGAAAAGACAAACUACAGUUAAGCUUGUUGUUGGUGCUGCCUCUUCACCUGCUGCAGAGAUUAAUAAAUCCAUCAGUGGAGUGGUGUUACAGUGUGAGUCUGCAGGCUGGUAUCCAGAGCCUGAGCUGCUGUGGUUGGACGGUGAGGGAAACCUCCUCUCUGCUGGACCUACAGAGACCCUCAGAGGUCCUGAUGACCUCUAUACUGUCAGCAGCAGAGUGACUGUGGAGAAGAGACACAGCAACAACAUCACCUGCAGAGUCCAACAGAGGAACACCAACCAGAGCAGAGAGACACACAUACAUGUUCCAGAUGACAAUUUUGUGGUCAUCGGUCCUUCCAGUCCUCCCAGUCCUCCCAGUAAUCCAACUAACGACCCAAAUAUCAUUGGUUUGGUCAUGGGUGUUCUUGUGGUCUUUCUGAUUCUUGCUGUUAUCUUUGUUGUGUGGAAGAAGAGACAAGCCAAACUCAAAAACAAGAAGAGCGAGGAGGAAGGAGCUGAAAUCGGGAUUGAUCGAGAAAGUGAACCACUAAUGACAGGAAGAGAAGAAGAGAAUGAUGUGGCCAGCAAAAAAGAGCAAAAACAUGAAGAUGAAAGAGAAACUAAAAAAGAUAAGUUUGUUUCAGAAACAGAGCAAAUGAAGGACAUCAAAAGUCCACAAAAUAGUACAAUAAAUACAUCUACUGUUAUUGGUAAAGAGUCUUUGAAUAUCAUAGAACGAGAAAGACAUGACGUGACAGAAAGAGAAGAAGAGGAUGAUGUGGACAGCAGUGGAGAGAAAAACUUUAAAGAGGAAAGAGAAACACAACAAGAUGAUCAUGAGACAGAAACAGAGCAAAGAAAGGACACCGACAGUCCACAAGAAAGGAGAAUAAAUCCAUAUACUGUUAAUGACAAAGAGUCUUUGAUUAAGAUAGAACAAGAAACACAGGACAUGACAGGGAGACAGGAAGAGGGUAACGUGGACAACAGUGGAGAGAAAAAGAUACAAGAAAAAGAAAAGAAAAAGAAACGGAGCAAAGAAGUGGACACCGACAGUUCAGGAACAAAAACAU